AUGAACUCUUAAAAUACUAUUUUGUAUUACAUUGACUUGCAAUCAACGGAAUUUUAAGUAUUAAACUCAAUUAAAUCAUCUUUCUUGAUAUAUUAGAUGUAUUAUAUUGAAAAAAUUGAUUAAAUACUUGCAUGGAAUAAUGAAUAAGUUAUUUUAGCUAAUCCUUAUACAUUAAAUAUACAAAAUUAAGUUAUAUUUUAGUACAUUAAUACAAUAAAUUUGAUAGAAAAUACAGAUUUUGCAAUAUUUGAUGCCUAUUUAAUUUAUUAUGUUUACAAUUAUUGGGGAUUGUACUCAAGCUUUUUUAUCCUCUCUAAUCAAGAAAAUGUAUUGCUUGUUUAAACAACUAUAGGAAUUUAAGCAUGGACCUUUGAUUUAAAAUCAUACGACCAUGAACAUUAUGGCUAUAUUUAAGCAACUUUUUAGAAUUAGCAAAAGUAAUUUGUUAAGCAUCCUAAUUAUGAUAUGAUUAUUAUUUGCAUAGUAAAUGGGAAUAAUAUAUAAUUACAAUUUAUAUAAAUCUAGAGUGUUGUUAACAGUUAAUACACUUCAUUUUACACAUAAUAAUAUCAAUCUUUAUAAUCUCCUUUUUAAGUAAUUGGCAUGAUUGUAAUCCCUAAAAAUUAAAAUAUUCCAAAUUCUAAAGACAAAUUGCUAGUAAAUUAUUCUGUAGGUAUUCUGAGUAUUGAUAUGGACUUUAGUUUAGAUGAACAAAAAAAUAUAAUAAACACAUUCUUUUAGAUUAACUAAAUUAAUUAAACUUCAAGUGCUUGGCUUUAUUUAUCUGAAUAGAAUUAUUUAAUAUUAGGAUAUCAAUUCUACGCUUAUUUAUUUGAUAUGAAAACACAAUCUUCUACUUAGAUGUUAUAAUAGGCAUCGGAUGGAAAUAACAGGAGAUAUAUAUUUGAAUAUUAAAAUUCACAGUACUAUAUUUACAUAAAUCCGCAUGGAUUUAUAGUAACAGAUAGAGAUUAUAAUAACAGAAGAACUUUCUAUAAAAAUAAUCCUCCUAAACCAUAUGUCUAACUCAAGCACGGUACAUUCUUUUCAGUUAAAGGUUGCGAAUUAUGCUACGUUCUCAUUUGUAACGAAUCUGGUAAUAAAGCUGAUCCAAAUAAUCUUUAUAUUGCCACAACUUUAGCCUUUCCAAUUAAUUCUACUUAUUAGUACAUAUCUUUAAGCGCUCAUAAUAUUCAAAUCAACACAAUGACUUACAAUUUGGAUCCCUUUUUUUAUAACAAUUAAGUAUGGGUAGCUAUUGGUGUUUCCUAUACUCAAAAUAAUUUAGGGUGUAUCUUCAAGUUAUUGAAUAUAUAAGAUUAGAGUUAAUAUUUCUGCUUAAACUCCAUAAAUCCAAAUGAUAAUUAGUUGCAAUCUAUGUUUGCAAUUGCUUCUUUAAAAGAUACAAAUAGUUAAGAAAUAGUAGGAAUUGCCAGAAACGGAAUAGUUUUUAAGUGGAAUUUGUAAAAUUAAGUUAAUACUGGAAGGAUUUUAAUACCUAAUUGCUAUAAUUCUGAAUCAGGAAACAUGUAUCAUUAUGUGUAGAGCGACUAGUCAAUCUAUAAAUAUUUCAUAGCAAUAUGUGAAACAUUUCAAGCAAAUAUAUUAGAUUUAUAAACUGAGUAAGUUAAAAUUAUUGAUUUUUAAAUGCAUGCUAUGAGCAGAGUAGUUAGUGUAUUUGAAUCAAUAGGAAUAAUUGCUAUAGGAGGUAAUUUCGAAAUCACUUAUCUAUUUAAAUACGAUCAUUAAAACAAGCAAUUCACACCAUUUAUGUAAAUUGGGUCAUAAAAACUGUUAGAAUAGGUGUUUUUUAUUUAGUUAGUAUCAUAAAAUACUCUUUGGAUUUAAUAUACAUUUCGAGAUCUCUAUUUACCUCUUGACAGUUGUUUGUAAGACAUUAACAAUUGCUUAAAUUGUUCUUUAGAUUAUUAUUACUAAGUAACUGAAAACCAAUAAGCAAACAAGUUUUAUGGAUUAGGCACAGCUGACUAACCUUUCUCGAGUUCUAACAAUUUAUUCACAGGAAUAUUGCAAGCAUAAUUAUACACAGAUAACAUAAUUGGGGUAGUUAAUAUAAAUGCAAAUAUUAUAGUAAGCACUGAUAACGUCUUUGAAAUUAAAAAUUAGUUUUUAAGCUUUGAUUUCAAUUAGAAAAUUUCAUUAUAAAUAAAAAGUCUAAGAGAUGGAGAUUAAGCUAAAGUUAUUAGUUUAAAUUAACUAUAGUUUUAUAAUUAUAACUUUAUUACUUUCAAGGAUAUUAAUAUUGUCUUUGACUUGUAAAACCUCCAAACCUCUACCUGCGGUUUAGUAUUUCAGAAUGUGUAAAAUAUAAUCCUUGAUAAUAUUUCAACAACAGCUUAAAAUCUAACUAUCCAAUAAAACUUUUAUUUGAUUAGCGUCUAUAAUGGUUUUUUAUAGCUUUUAAAUUACUAAUUAAAGAAUAAAAUACUAUCAUAAAUACCUUAAUUGAUUCAUAUACAAAGUUCUAACUAAGUGUUAAUUUAAAAUUUUACCUUGGAAAGCUGUUAAUUCGAUCCAGGUUUUGCUAUCAUGUAUAGUGAAAGCGACAUUAUUUUUUAAGGUUCUUAAAUAAAUAUAUUGAAUAAUAAUACUACUUUCAGCAUUCAAAAUUAAAGGAUUUCUUCUUUGUUCUUAGCAGGUCAGUAUAAUCUAACGAAUAUUAAUAUAAAUUAUAAUUAAUUUGGAAACAUUAAGAUUUUUGACUCUAUGCCAUAAUAAUCCUAAAUUAGCUACACAUUUUCAUUUUAAAAUAUCAAAAUGCUUUCAAAUUAAUUUACAUUAAACAAUUAAAAUUUGUUAUUCAGUGUACUUUACACUUAGCUCUCAUAGCCAGAUCAUAACUUCUUUCUUUCUAAUGGAACAUUUUAUAAUAACAAUUACAUUUCAAUGAAUUAAUUAAAUUCAAACACAUUUGCAUAUUCUUCAUCCUAAAAAAGCUUUUUAAUCUAAACAGAAAAAAUAAAAAAUAUUCAAAUUUAGAAUGUUAAUUUUUCUAAUCAUAAAGAAAUAUCAUUUAUUUAAUCGCAAUAUUCUAAAUAAAUGAAUAUUAAUUAAUUUAAUUGCUUUGGUACUCCAAGUGAAAGCUAAAAGCUAACAACAAUUGCUGGAUGCUUUUAGAUUUAAGAAAUAUAAAAUAUUCAACUUGUUUAGUUAUAAGUGUUUGGCAUUAUAAGUCAGGAUAUUUCCCUUAUCAUACUAGAAAAUAAAAUAUAUAAUGAUACUAUUAUAUAAAUUAAUAAAUCCAAUUUCACUAAUUUAUAAAUGCUGUAAUUGCUUCCCAGCUCUAACGCAAAUCCCAUAUAAAUACUAACCUAGUAAAAAUCUACAGUAAUAUUUUAAAAUUGUGUGUUUUAAGAUAUUAUAUUAAACUCACCUUUGUCUGCUUUAACUUAUUCAGUUACUUCAAUUUGGGUGCAAAAUGUUUUAGGUAGUAUAACCAUAUAGUAAUCAUAGUUUUAUAAAUCUUAGAGUAAUUCGAAGUAUAAUAAUUUAUAUAUUUAAACUUAAACUCUUUCUUUACAAAACUCAAUCUUUGAUUCGUUUUAAGUAGAAAGUAAAUAAAAGCUGAUUUUAAAUUAGGAUUCAUCAAAUAUAAUUACAGAAGGUGGUUUUAUCAGAGCAAAUGUCUAUGACUUGUAAAUUCAAAAUAUCUCAUGUAGUAAUUCUAUUAGCUUCAAAGGCUCUUUCCUAUAUGCUGAAUCCUAUGGCUAAGGCUUAAGCAUCAAUAUUUCUAAUUCUAAUUUUACAGAAGGUUAUUCAGUUUCUGAUGGGAGUGCAUUCUACUUUGAUGUAUCAAAUAUAAAUUUUUAAAUGAUUUGUUCAAAUUGCAAUUUUAAAAAUUUCUUCAACUUUUAAAGUGGUUCUUCAGUUAUAGCAUUUAGCAAUUAAACCUAAGUAUAGAAAACUCAAUAAAUUCAGUUUAAUUAUGGGCUAAUCUAUAAUAUAACAGGUUAUUAGUAUGGUUAUUUCAUUAAAGUAAAUAAUUAAUAGCUAAGUUUUUAAAAUAUUAACACAAUUAAAAAUGAAAAAUAAACAUAAAGCUUUUUACAUUAGGAUUAAUCUCUAAUAUACUCUUAUAAAUCAUUUGUUAAUUUUUUGAAUAGUACAUUAUCUAACUUUUUUAUGAGGCAAAUAAAUCCAUUAUUUAUAAAUUCAUAUUCUUCAUAAAUAACUCUUUAGUAGACUUACUUGCUCGAUUCAGAAUUUAGUUCAACUUUUAUUUCAAUAAAUAAAGGCUAAUUAAAUAUAAAUAAUUCUUCAUUCACAAAUAUAAACUAAAUCAAUCAACCGAAUAACAAAAGGAGGAUAUUGUAAGUAGCUUUAAGCUAGUCUACGUAGAGUAAUUCUUUGAUAUAAAUAAGCAAUGCCAUACUUUAGAUCAAUAACAAUUCUACAUUUAAUGGAAUAUUAUGUAUUUAAAAUUGUUAAGGUUCCUCUUUAAACAUUUAAGAAUCAACUUUUAAUAUAAAAAAUACAUCCUUUUCAAAUUUACAAGCAACUGAAGGGGGAGCUAUUUAUAUAGAAAAUGCUAUAUAAAAUAAUAUUAUAAAAUAUUGUGAAUUCAAAAAUAACACUUCUAUUUACGAUGGGGGAGCAUUAAAUAUUAAUUCGUAGUCUAACAAUGAAUUCCAAUUAAAUAUUGAUUCUUGUAAUUUUACUGAAAAUCAAUCUUUAAAAGGAAAAGGAGGUGCAAUUUAUAUUUAUUCUGAAACCUUGAAUGAUAAUAAUUAAAAAAUAUUUGUAAAUAAUUCUAAUAUAUCAAAUAACAAAGCUGAGAUAGGAGGUGGAAUUUAAUUUUAAAAUAAUAACCCAGUAAUUGAUGAUAGUAAUAACUUACUUAAUAAUAAGGCAAAAAUGUAUGGAUAAAAUACAUUCUCUUACCCAACUCGCCUUCAUUUUGUUAAUCAAAAUGAUUUUUUAACUAAAAACCCUGGCUCAAAGAUGAUAAAUGAUUCUAAAUUAAUUGUACAAAAUUUUAGAAGUGGUUAAAACCUAUCUUCAAUAUAUUUUUAAAUGACUAACGAUUAAAACGAAUUAGUUGUUCCUUAAACUGAAGAAAUAUCAUAUUAUGUCUAAGUUAGAAUAAGCAAUUAAACUGCAAAUUAAAUUAAUUAUUAAAUUAGAGGGUAAUAAUAAUCCAAAUAUAUAAUUAACACAAUUCCAUAGCUUAGCUUAAUUUCGUUUGACUAAAUUUAAGUUAUUGGAAUACCAGGAUCAAUAGGAAUUAUUGAAUUUUAUUCUGAUUAAAUAUUUAGAGUUGACCCAUAAACGAAUUAGUUGUAACCAGGAUCUGUUUUCCAAAUAUAAAUUAACUUUAGGAACUGUACUGCUGGAGAAUUUAUUAGCAAAUACUCUAAUUACUAAGAAUGUAUAAAUUGUCCUUAAGACACAUAUUCUUUUGAUCCUAAAGUUUGUUUGGAUUGCCCAAGUGGGGCAGUGUGUGAACCUGGCAAAGGUUUAAAAUGUAAAGAGGGAUUUUGGAGAUCUAGUGAAUUGGAUAACUAAAUAUUAGAAUGCACUUACUCAAAAUAUAAUUGUGUGGGUGGUUCAUACGGAAAUUACGUUUGCAGAAAAGGGAGUAUUGGGGCUCUUUGCUAAGAGUGUGAUAUAUAUGGAAAAUACUGGGACUAGUAAUAUACAAAAUAAAAUGAAUAGGAUAAUUGUAUACCAUGUUCUUAAGCUAAUGAAUAUCUAUACAAAUUAAUAUUAAUUUAAUUAUUUGUCAUCAUCUAUCUAGCCUUUAUUAUUUAAAAGAAUGAAGAAAAUACUCAAAAAUAAAGGGUUUAAAAUAUUCUCACUAAAUAUUUUUAAAAGAAAUCUAACACUCAAAGUUCAAUUUAAGAAGUAAACCAAAAAAAUAAUUUUAAUUUAAAUAAAACAGAAGUAUAUAUUAAAAUAUUUAUGAACUACAUUUUUAUUAUCAGUGCUCUAGGUACUCUAAAAUUAAAUAUUCCUAAAUGUAAUUUUCUAAUACAAAUUUAAUUCAUUCAAUUAAUUUACUUUUAUAAUAUAUUAAAGAAAUAUUGCUGCUUCCUAAUUUUUUAGCUUUUCCACUCUAUACAUCAGUAAGUGCUCUUGAAUGUUAUUUAGUUAGCCUAAAAAUUGAGAUUCCUGUAAUUUAUUUGA